AUGUCUGCAACUAUCAAAACGAUUACGAUCCCGAUUCCGGUCGUCCCGGCCGCUCGCUCGACAAUCGCUCCUCCCAAUGGGCCGCGACUCAACCUCCCUCCUCCCUUCAAGCCUCAUGCGGACAGCGUGACGAGACAGGAACUAUGGGACGCGUGCCAUGUCGAGCCGUUUGCCCUGCUCCAUCGCAUGUUCAUUCCCGUCCCUUCUGCAAUCUAUAGACCGCCAACAAUGCACUACGGAUGGUCCGCUCCUCGGGAGACCCUUUUGGCCUACGCAAAGAAACACGGCCUGAUCCUUAUGAUAGGCAGGCGCAGACGACCGCUUCCUGACGAGUUGGAUGGGGAGAGCAGCGACGAUGACGCUAGCGAGUCAUCCGCUGACGACGACACGGAGGACACUGAAAGUGGCGAUGAUGACUUUUCCAGCCAGGCAGGCAACGAGUCAGCCAGGAGUGGCACAGUUGUUGUCGAGAGGACAAGCAGGCCAUUGCCGCCGCUCUUCCCGAAAGCGCACAGGAAGAAAAUCGACGAACCCGCGUCAAUGGUAGCCGCCUUGGAACAUAUCUCCACCCAAUUAUCGAAGAAGGACGGUUGGCGUAUUCCUGCGACUAUGGAGCUGCGCUCCACCCUGCAGCACGGCGAAGGCGAACCGCGAGUCAUAUCGGUUUAUACCAACUACCAUUUCCUCCGCAAGGACCUUCCCUCGCCAGAGGAUAUCCAGAAGCUCGGAGAGGCUGUGGGAAUGACCACACCGCCGAAGUGGUACAUCGAUGAGUAUAAGUACGAAUGGUAUAUGAUCAGCCGGGGCCCGCGUCGCCGUUGA